ACAUUAGCUGCGCCCCAGCCUUCCACUUCCCGGGGUGUGCGCCCUGCUCCUCCCCGUGCGGCCGUGCCUCGUUUUUUGCAGAAUAGCGUCGUCCAGCAACUUCUAAGAUCGUCAUCGUCGUCCACUGAUGUGCAACCACCGCCUGCAACGUCCUCCAGAUUCCUUGGACAAAGAGAGAAGUGCCUUGAGAUCCGCAGAGACCCUCGGUACAUGAAGUGCACAACGACAGAGAUCUUAGAAGAUAUGCUUGAGGAAUAUCAGAAUGACACAAACAUCGAAAGGCUGGAGGAGCGCGAAGAAAUGAUGCUCCGCUUCCAUCGCGGGAACUUGAAUUCGAGAAGAAGCGCGAUUACAAAGAGUAAGGCGUUCCACAAAGUCAGGGGCAUGACUUGGGAUAACAUCCCUGAAUCGUUUUCCCGACUUCAUGAUGGAACUCGCUUUCUGCAACUCAAAACUGCACAGAAAGCAUAUAGAAAUGGUCUCCAUGCUCUUGUCGCAGAUGGUGUACAUCAAAUACUGCCAGAGCAACUAGGGGAUCACAGCCAGUUGUAUACAAUUCACGGAGUGUGCAACAACGGUGUAGAGCAAACUGCGCCGAAUUCUGAAGAAGAAGAAUGUGGACUUAGAAGUGAUCCU